CUUAAACACCACACAUCUGAUACCCACAUCCCCGCCAACGAGAAAGAUGAGGUUCUUCUUUGUCCUAGCUGUGAUUUUGGUCUCAGCCCAUUAUUCCGUACAGGAAGAGGAAGUGGGACAGGCUGCUGUGGUCUCGGACACGGGGGAAGGAAAACCUGUCCAGCUCCCGGCCCAGGUCUCAGAUGACGGAGAAGAAAAACCUGUUCAACUACCAGCUAGAGACACUGAGGACGAGGACGUCCUGACAGCAAGGUCUGCACAAGAGGAUGAAGUUUUGGAGGAGGAGAAGGAGGAGCAGGGGAAACCAGUCCAACUUCCGGCAAGAGAUGUCAAUGAAGAAAUAACGAAAAGGUCACAAAAAGGGCUUCAGCGUUCUUUUGCAUGUGAAAACAGAAACCUGCGUUUGUGGUGUGGGACAGGCAGGCAGAUACAAUUAUUUUACAUUACGUACAAACUAAAUGACUGGAGAUGUCCAGGAUCUAGGUAUAAAUGUUGGUCAGGAAGAUCACGUGGUAAAAUCCGGAAGUCAUGUAACGGAAAAAGAGGAUGCUGGGUCUGGUCUGCAAGUCGGUGUCGAAGAUCUACCAGUUCUAUUAAUGUUGUUUACGCUUGUCGCAAGGUAAAGAAAUGCAGCAGGAAAUGUGUGAGGAAUGCCGAGUGUGUCAAUGGGAGAUGUCGCUGUAAGAAGGGCCAUGGAUGGAGCUCAUCGAAACGUAGAUGCGUGCGAAGGUGGAGGAUAUGCAGCAAGAAGCGUAGGUGUGGAAAGUAUGCCCGAUGUGUUUCCGGUAUAUGUCGCUGUCGUCGUGGAUAUCGAUGGAACCGAGGAAAGAAACAAUGCGUCAGAAGGAAUAACCCACCAAAGAAAUGCAGUAAGAAAUGUGUAAAGAAUGCCGUGUGCGUCAGGGGAAAAUGUCGAUGUCGUCGGGGAUAUCGAUUCACUAAAGGAAAGAAACAGUGCGUCAGAACAAUUCUAUGGUUAAAAGUUGGAAGAGGACAGGUUUGUGAACAUGAAAGCCUGACCCUGAGGUGUAGUAAGGGCAGAGUCAUCAGGGUGUUCUACUCUCUAUACGGUCGUAGAAACAAACGAAUAUGCGCAAAGGGCAAGCCUAUCAAAACCACAAAAUGCAAGGCCAAGAAUGCCAAUAAGAUAGCGAAAAAGAGCUGUGAGGGAAAGCAAACUUGUCGACUGAGAGCCAGUAACAAAGUCUAUGGCGACCCUUGUAAGGGGACUUUUAAAUACUUGACGGUGAUCUACGGAUGCAGAAAAAGAUGUGCUAAGAACGCAGUCUUCAAUGGAAACACCUGUAAGUGUAAGAAAGGGUACAAAGGGCACGGAUUCAAGAAAUGUAUAAAACGUAAGACCAGAAGAGAUCUGGAAGAGCAGGAGGAGGAGAAACGUGACGUCACAGAUGAGGGCAUUGAUGUCAGCGAAAAUGGACUAGAAAGGGCGUAAUAUUGCACAUCGAUACGAUGAAAAUGGAAUAAUAAUAAUCUUAAAUUUGACACUACACAAUAAAACAACAGAAUUUUA